GCCCCGCGAGAGGGAGGGGCCCCGCCCCACGCAGCCAGUGUACCAGCUGCACGGCAGGGGGCUGCCCCCCCCCGGAGCCCUGGACCCGGUGGCCGGCCAGGCCCGGCUGGCGGCCCCCGAGAAGAUGAAAACCAGUAUCAAACUGGUGGACGAGCAGAUGAACUGGUGCGACAGCGCCAUCGAGUUCCUGCUGGACCAGACGGACGUGCUGGUGGUGGGGGUCCUGGGGCUGCAGGGCACCGGCAAGUCCACGCUCAUGUCCCUGCUGGCCGCCAACCAGCCCGAGGAGGACCCGCGGGCCUUCGUGUUCCGCCCGCAGAGCCCCGAGAUGAAGGAGCGGGGGGGGAGCCAGACCUGCGGCAUCGACUUCUUCAUCACCCAGGAGCGCGUCGUCUUCCUCGACACCCAGCCCAUCCUGAGCCCCUCCAUCCUCGACCACCUCAUCAACAACGACCGCAAGCUGCCCCCCGAGUACAGCCUGCCCCACACCUACGUCGAGAUGCAGUCGCUGCAGAUCGCCGCCUUCCUGUUCACGGUGUGCCACGUGGUGCUGCUGGUGCAGGACUGGUUCACCGACCUGGGGCUCUACCGCUUUCUACAGACGGCCGAGAUGGUGAAGCCCACCACCCCGUCCCCCAGCCACGAGCCCAGCGGCACCGCCGGCCCCGAGGAGCCCUCGGAGUACUACCCCCAGCUGGGUGAGCCCCCACCCCCA